AUUUUGGAGAAAAAGCAAAUAAAUUUUUGCUUGGUUGCGGUGUUAAAACUGAACCAUCUCCGACCGAAUUUGCAGAAUUCCUAGUGAAGUCUUCGCAUGAAUUUUGGAAUUCUGUCGGCGAUAAUGUGGAGAAAUAUCUCACUGUCCUCCGUAAUAUUGCGGUCAAUUUCAAUUCUAUUUCUAGAAAUAAAUCGUUAUUUGCUGAUAUGAGUCGCGCCCCUAUACUGAUUGGCAUAAAAAGGAAUGAGAUCGAAGCAGACAAAGAAAAUUUUGAUAGAAGUCGCUCGUUGUCUGCAAGUGUUAGGUCAAGUGUACAAGUAAAAGGCAGUCCAACAGCUUCUACAGGUUCUGCAAGACUGCAAAAAACAAUUAGAGAAAGAGCACAAUUAUUCUACCAUGACAUUCAUCGAUAUGAUGUCAAGCAGUCGGUUGAUUGGGUUCAAAAGUUAAAAGUAAUGGAGACCAGCCAGAUUGAGGCUACCUACGAGCUUAUAACAAAUAAUCAAAUAAAAGUUGAGCCAUUAUAUUCAUGUAUUUAUAAAGAUACGCGAGUUAAUAAUUCGUGGAUUUUAUAUGUUACUCCUGGGGAACCGGACUAUCUCGACAUUGCAUCGAACCUUGGAAGACACAUUUUCAAGAAAUGCAAAUGGAAAGAUAUCUCUCAUUUAGCGAUGUUGCUGACCACACCCUUAGAUAGUUUAAAGCGUAAAGGAUAUCCAGUUGACCGUAUCAUGUUAAGUUAUAAAAAGCCGAUGCGCGUUGCCGAGAAAUACGAGACUCAAAAAGCUCCUAUAGCUCCUGAGGUCCAACCGCAAGUUAUGUCUAAUCCGAGUCAGAAUGUUUCUCCUAUAAAACUUGCACCAGAAAUUGAAGAGUAUGCUGUUCAGUUGCAGGAAAUGUUUCCAAAAUGCGAUCCAAAUUAUAUUCGUCAAUGUUUGGCUCAAGAAAAGACCGAUCAUUUACAGAAAGUUGCUAACAAAUUGGUGGAAGCGAAUUAUCCAGAAAUUGAACCUACACCACAAACUAACGGACCUACGCCACAACCUAACGGACUUACACCACAACCUAACGGACCUACACCCCAACCUAACGGAAUUUCUAGCCACGAGGAUGAUAGGCUGGGAACAAGAAAGUCUGGCUGGGGCGGGAGUAUCCUUAAGUCUUUGUCUGAUUUUCUUCCAACAAGUUCUACGUCGACUAGUAGUGAAUCACCAAAACCAACAUCAAUUCAGAAGCAACCACAAAAAAUACAGCCUACACAAUCUAUUAAGGUUACACCACAAUCUACCCAGAAUCUUCGUAACGCACUAAAAGACGCUAUUAAGUCUUGUCGUCCUAAUUCGGGAGCUUCAGUGAAUGAUCAAGGGGGAAUUAAUGUUGUUACUGAGAGUCAAACAAGUUAUUGUGACGUGUUACCAGGGCAUUCGCUCGACUUUGUGGGCACCAAUGACGGAAUUGAACUUUACAUCGAAAAAAAUUUGGAUCAUUCAGAAAUAUUUAGAACACCAGCAUUAACUCGAUUUAUCAACAUACUCAAAGACCUUUGUGAAGUCUUUGCAAUUCCACAAAGUGCAAUUCAUAUAUUUUAUGAUAUUACUUCGAAUUCAAUUGCUUUCAAUCGCGGAAAGGCUUUAUUCUUUAACUUUCGAUUUUAUCUUGGAUUACAUGACGAGGUCGAAUCAAGUAGACCGUCUAUUGAUACCAUAUCGUAUUGGUUUAUGACAUUUUGCCACGAGCUGGCACACAAUUUUGUUGGACCACAUAACUCAGAACACGAAUAUUACUCAUCUUCAUUUGCAGAAGUUUAUAUGUCAAGUCUAUGUGCAAAGAUGAAAAAACGUGGCUUAAUAUAG